AUGUCGAACCAAACGCCUUCAACCCCAGUCAAGGUACCGCCCUCGGCUGCGAACCACUCAGCAGCAACUCUGGAUCCCGAGCUGCGGUCGCAAAUCAACACAUUACUAUUGAAGGACGGCCACGUCACAAAAAUCCAAGAACAGCUCCUCCACUCCCUCCACGCAAACCAAGCAAACUGGCCGACCCUGAUCCAGAACCACGCCCUCAACCUCCUGCGCACGGGCGAGGUCACAACCUUCCCAGAACUCCUCCGCCGUGUCCUCGACGACGUCCGCCAGGACACCCUCAACCCCUCGGCAGCGAACGCAUCCCCCUCAACAUCCAAAACGAAUGGCACGACGGGUGCAGACAAGGACAAGAAGACCAACGGUACUGCGAACUCCACACCGGCGGCAGAUUCCAACGGCCAGCCGAACCUUGCCAUCCCCGCGGCUGUGAUCGAUGAAGCUAUCAAGGUCACGCAAGAGAGUUUAGAGGCUGUCUGCGAGAUUGACAGUGCGGGUAACUGA